AUGACCGGCCUACCCCUCUGGCCCCUCGUUGGGGUGUUGGUUGUGGUGCUCUAUCUCCUUCGACGGCCGCCAGCUUCCAGUUUGAGGCAUAUCCCAACCAUCAGGUAUAAUGAGUAUCUACCAGAUUUCAUCAAUCGACUCAUCUACUACCCCAAAGCUGCCUCGAUGAUCAGUGAAGGAUACAAGAAGGUCAUUAUAUUAUACAAGGAUAGUCCGUUUCGCCUGCUCACCGGUGAUGGAGAAGUCAUCGUCUUGCCAGUGAAAUAUCAAGAUGAACUGAGACACCUUCCCUCUAAAAGACUCAGCUCUCUACAUGCCCAAUAUGAAAACGCGUUGGGCCAGUAUACCAACAUCAUCAUCAAUACUCUUUUACCUGCCAUGACCGUACGGAAAAAGUUGACGCCCAAUCUAGCCCAGGUCGUCCCCGGAGUCAUCGACGAGCUACGAGGAGCAUUCGAUACCGCUCUUCCAGGAUGCGAAGAUGGACACUCGGAUACUGACAGCGAGGGACUGAAAACAGACACCUGGAUUCGAAUCAACCCAUCCCAGAUGUUCACCCGACUAAUUGCCCUCUCGACUUCCCGCAUGAUGGCCGGCGACGUCCUCCGCGAAAACGAAGAAUGGCUCAGCAUUGCAAGCAGCUACGCCGUGAACGUGGGGAUCACCAUUACCCUACUUCGCCCAGUUCCCAAAUACCUCCGUCCCAUCGUAGCGCUCUUCCUCCCUAGCGUCCGAAAGAUGAAGAAACAGUUACGUUUCGCGAAAAACCUCUUUAUUCCGAUGGUCCACGAGCGCAGGCUGGCACAACAGACUAAAGACCCGAACUACGCAAAGCCAGACGACUUCUUGCAGUGGAUGAUGGAUCUUAGUGAGGAAAAGAAUGAGCACCUCACACCCGAUACCCUGGCACAUCACAUGCUGCUCUUGGUAACACUGGCUAUCACGCACACCAGCACCAUGGCCUUGUGCCACUGUCUCUACGAUCUAGUUACCAGACCCGAGUACAUUGAGCCCCUGCGGGAAGAAAUGAGCCGGACUCUACCUGAUGGCUGGUAUAACGCGACUCAAGCUGCCUUAAAGGACCAGUCCCGUCUGGACAGCUUCUUGCGUGAGUCCCAGCGGUUCGCUCCGCCUGGUGAAUUAAACUUCCAUCGCAUCGUAAAAGAACCCAUCAUGCUCCAUGAUGGUCUCAUUCUUCCAGUAGAAACACACAUCUGUUUCGCUGCCGGUCCCAUUAGUAAAGACCAUGCUUUCAUCAAAAACCCGAUAACCUUCGAUGGGUUUCGCUGGUGUCAUAACCCUCGGGAUCGCUUUGUCCUGACUCCUGAGCUUGCAGUACCCGCUAUGUCGAAUGGUGGCUAUGGGAAGAUGCAAGCCGAAAAGCAGUCUUCCGCCCAUUUCGUUUCUAUCAACAACGUUAACAUGCAUUUCGGGUUUGGGCUCCAGGCGUGCCCCGGUCGGUUCUUCGCCGCGAAUACUUUGAAGGCUAUCUUGAGUCGCCUCAUCAUGGACUAUGAGUUCAAGUUCGUUAAAGACCUGGGGGGGAAGAGACCCGCUAAUCUUGUUGUUGGGGAGCAUAUUCUUCCUAACAUGAGUACCGAGAUGCUGUUUCGGAAAAGGCCAAUUGGACUUUGA